AGAGCUAGAAACACUAGCUAAAAACAAUGACAAUACAUGAACAAUUUACAAUUUCUCCAAAUGUAAAUGUAUACUGUGGAUAAAAUUGGAGGGUCCAUCAUUCCAGCAUUUCUAGAACACAAGAAAAACUGCAGCCAGCAAGAGAAAAGUGACUAGGGCGCAAAAUUGCUCAGCACAUUUCUCUCCUGUCCUGCCCCUCUCUUUCUCCAGGAGCUUCAAAGGAGGAGCUGAUUGUAGCCCACAGGAUAAAGAGGCCUUCUGUUUGUGACCCUAGAACCCUACAGCAACACAUCCUUCACAUGAUAAACCCAAGAAAAGUGGAAACCUAGAACAAAAGUGAAUAAUAGGCAGAGACAUAUUCCCACUGGCCAAUAAGGACGGUUUCCACGGUUUCUGUGUGCAUGCCAGUUUGUGUGUUACCCAUUGCCUCUUGCCAAAGAGAGGCCUUUUGUCUGUUCCAAUAUAUUUCCAUGAAUCUAUCUUUAGAUGGGAUUCAUUGUGAUGAGUCCGAGUCCAGUUUUCUGAAUGGUUCCAGGACUGUGCACAUUAUGAGUCUCUGAGGCAUUAAUGUUUUGAGGUGCGAGAGUCCCAUUUCCUGGAGCUGCUCCCAAAUUAUAGUUCCCUCCGCAUGCAGGUCUCCAAGGCAGCUUGUUAUAUUAGACAGAAGCCUUUAUUCAGAGAUGGGUUUGUCGCUGAGUCAGAACAAAGACCCUCGCUAUCCCACAGAGGCGACAGGUGGAGGGGAGGACGUUUUGACAAGUUGAGAGCAUCAUCUCAUCUACUUUCUUGUCAAAGUGCCCCUUCCCUUUUCUGCUGCAAUGUCUUCUGACAGCUCAGAGAGAAAAAAGGACCAUAAUCUUUUUUCUUUCCAUCCAUUUCCUUGUCUUCUUUCAGUAUUACUCACCUUAAUUGUUCUGGGGUGGUGGGAGAGGUUUCAGUGAUGGAUAUUUCAAAACUAAUGAAACAGCAAGAAACCAUUAGGGAUAAGUAGGGAAACAUUUUUUGGCAAGGCGUUAUUAAUGGUUGAAUACAGAAACUUUCAGCCAUCACAGAAGAGAAUUUCUUGAACACCCUUACUUUUCACUGAGCUAUUUCUAAAUGAGCUCUUCUAGUUUCACCUCCUUCGAGUAAUCCCACAUUUUGUGCACGGGGCGUGUCUUUGCUUUAUUUUGUGUGCAAUUUCACUAACCGUCUGGAAACAAGGCUUGAUAUUUAUGUGUUAAAACCUAAAUGUUGGACUUGUCACCACUGCUUCUCAUAUAUGACAGAGUCAGUCCUCACGAUGCUUCUGGCUGCAGAUCUGUCAACGCAUUGUGUCGACUUUAAUAGCCUCUGUAACAAAGUUAAGAAAUGAUUCACUGUAAUUUGCUGAAGGCUACAUGUGUUGUACUGUGCUGCACUGUGCUGUACUGUAUGUGGCGAAUGAAUCAUGGUCACGAUAUCCAGCGUUAAUGUAAUUUUUGCAGAGGAAAGAGGGAGGGAGAGACAGGCACUUCUUUAUUUUUCGGCUUUAAUUGCCAUGUAUCUUAUUAUCUGCAGGAGUUAGCGGGGACAUUUCACCAGUGACGUCUUUGUAAUUACCACACACUAAUUUUAACUGUCACUCUUAGCAGUAUCAUACUGUUGCUUCUGCACAUUUUUGUAAAAUGAUCAUUUUAUCACAUUGAUUAAAAGUAUCGUACUCAGAAAGUUGGAGAAAUGUGUUUCCCCACCCACAAAGACUUAUGUGAAGUAGAAAUUUCAUAUGGAAAUAGUGAAGUCAAGGUUAAAUUUCCCUUAAUUUACAAACAUGUAAUAUUUUUGCUUAUCUAAUCUUGACCAAGACCUUGCUCAGGAGUAAAGGGACAAUCCACUGAUUUAACAUGUCAAAUUCAAUUUACUACUUAUAGGAAGUACUAUUCAAACAGUUGUAUAAUGUCCUCUUUGGCUCUGUAACCCAAAUGAUGUCAUCAAGGUUGUUAUGGUACUGUUGAAUGUUCUAAAAUGUUUUAUGUCCUUUUUCACUCGUUGUAGUACUGCCUGCUAUUGCUAGUGUCUGACUAUUGUCCAUCCCGGCUACCAGCACAAACAGAGAAAUGGUAUGAGAAAUGUGUGGUGAUAAGAAUAAAGAAGUAUAUUGCGGUA